UUUUCAACGACCCUAUUCAUGGACAUAUGGAGCUGCACCCGGUGCUGGUGAAGAUCAUCGACACUCCUCAGUUUCAGAGACUCAGACACAUCAAACAGCUGGGAGGGAUAUACCUGGUCUAUCCGGGUGCUUCUCACAAUCGCUUCGAACACUCUCUUGGUGUGGCGUAUUUAGCAGGACGUCUGGUGAAGGUUCUUCAUGACAAUCAGCCAGAGCUCAAAAUUACCAAACAGGAUUUCCUGUGUGUUCAGAUCGCUGGUCUGUGUCACGACUUGGGUGAGGAGCACUAA